UUGGUAACCAUUUUGAUAUGAGGUUAGAGCGUAUUCGCAACAAUUAGUUUUGAUAUGUCGCGUUAUGGUGGAAUAAAGAUUUGCUAAUGUGUGGAUUAUUUACCUAUGUAUAAUUAGUUAUCAAUUUUAAGAGAGUUGUUCAAUAUAUUUUUAACUUCGCAUUAAUAUGCAGAUGCAAAACGUUGUUCCAAAUAUGUUAACUUGCGGUAAUACGAAUCCCACUAGUAAUAAAAGCGGUGCGGAACAAGUAGACGAUAAUGCAAAGAAGUCGAAGUAUCCUCGAUUGUUUAACAAAAUUGUGCUCACAUUGGAAAAUAGUUUAGUUCCAGAAGCAAAACUUAACGAUACACCGUCACAUCUUGAUGGAUUAGACAUAGAAACUGAAAAAGAUUUACGUAUACUUGGUUGCGAGCUGAUUCAAACUGCUGGUAUACUCUUAAAACUACCACAAGUUGCAAUGGCAACAGGUCAAGUUAUAUUCCAACGAUUUUUUUACUCCAAAAGUUUUGUGCGGCAUAAUAUGGAAAGUGUUGCGAUGAGCUGCGUAUGUCUUGCAUCCAAAAUAGAAGAAGCUCCGCGGCGUAUUCGGGAUGUUAUUAAUGUCUUUCAUCACAUAAAACAAGUACGAGCACAAAGAGAUAUUAUGCCGGUGAUAUUAGAUCAAUUUUACACAAAUCUUAAGACUCAAGUAAUUAAAGCAGAGCGACUUGUGUUAAAGGAGUUGGGCUUCUGUGUUCAUGUGAAACAUCCACAUAAAUUAAUUGUUAUGUAUUUACAAGUACUCAAGUAUGAAAAACAUGAGAUGUUUAUGCAAAUGGCUUGGAACUUUAUGAAUGAUUCAUUACGCACAGAUGUGUUUAUGCGUUACAAUCCUGAGACCAUUGCUUGUGCAUGUAUUUACUUAAGUGCACGCAAAUUAGGAAUUCCGCUGCCAAAUACUCCACCCUGGUUUGGAGUUUUUAGAGUCACAGAGGAAGAUAUUCUUGAUAUAAGCUAUAGAGUAAUGGAGUUGUACACUCGUGCUAAACCAAAUGUUGAGAUAUUAGAGACUUCAGUCGAUGAGCUUAAGAAGAGAUACCUUGAAUCCCGUAACAAGAAUAAAGAACAAAACACCCCUCCAGCCGUAAUAACAGUAGAUCGAAACAACGGAUCCCAUAAUGCUUGGGGUGGAUUUAUACAACGAGCUAUCCCAUUACCACUUCCAACAGAAAAAUCUCCAAAUAAAAAUUCUCGUUCACGUUCACGAGACUCUCGUUCAUGUUCAGUGUCGGAUGAAAGUGACGACUACAAACGAGAUAAUCGACUAAAGAAAUCACAUAGAGACCACGAAAGGUCUAAAACUAAUAAAAAACGCCACUAUACUCGGUCACAUUCUGUGUCCCCUCAUAAUGUUAAACAUAGAAAAAGAAAAUCUAGAGAUCGCGAUCGAUCGGAUUAUUACAUCUCGAAAGAACGCAUGAAUGUUAAUGAAAAAUACCGUGAUCGUGACAAAUACCAAGAAUCAAGAUCAAUGCAUCAUUUGUCUAGUAAACAUCACCAUUCUUAUUCUCAUCGAGGCAAUGGUUCACGUGGUGGACAUAAAAGCAGAGAGCGUGAUCGUUCGAGGGAUCGAAAAAGAUAAAUAUAAAUAUUAAUUUCCUCCAUAACUUUUUAAAAUUUUAAUACAUAUGUACACUUACAAAUUAAA